AUGUCGACGUUCGUUGAUGUUGACAUCAUACAUCUGGGUCUGGGCAUCACAACGAUUUAUAUCGUCCAUUUCAGCGUGAAGAAACCGCUUCAUUCUCACCAUUAUCAUUAUUCCAUCUGUGUACCUUGGAGCCUCUCAUCAAACACACCUGUAUAUCACCAUACAACCUCACAAACUUCCGCCAUGUCUGUCAACCCCGAUUCCGCAACUCCCGCUCAGGGCGAAUUCCGCAGCAAGGUCGCCCCCUCCAAGCCUCUCACCACCAAGGGCCAUGCUCCUGGUGUCCUCGUAGGCGACGACGCCAAGCCCGAAUUCCGCGCUGAGCAGUACCCCCCUGGCACUGCCCCUCCUGAGCACUCCUUCGAGCCUCAACCCUCAAGUGAAUAUCCCACGCAGGCCCCAGGCAUGGAGGGUGGCGUCUCUGCUUCCGACACUCUUCAAGGCGCCACUUCUGCAGAUGUCCACACUGGCCUCGGGCACCCUGGCUCCGGAAUGACAAGCCAGGAGGAGCAUGGUGGCAAGAGAAAGAAGGUCGGUGCUGGUCUCGAGGGUGUUGGUGCGAGCUUGACAGAUCCCAUCCACGACAAGGGAGCUGAUCGGGAACAUGAAACUGAUUAUCGGGGCAAGGGUGGUGAAGCCGCAGCCAACUACCCUGGCGCUGAGGAGAGAGUGGCUGCUAGUGCCGAGGAGGUUGCCAGUGAGCGGCGUUAG